GCUUUGCUAUCGAUAGCAUCGAUAACGAGAAACAGCUGUCAGAGCAAAGAGUUCAUCGCUAAAUUCUAGCUUGCUCUUGUGUUGUGUAACUUGAACGCGAUUUUUAUUUAACAAACACAUCCACACAAUGUCAGCAUCGGCGGCCCGUGGUUCCACAUCCCUGUUAAAACGUGCCUGGAACGAGAUUCCCGACAUUGUUGGCGGAUCCGUCUUGGCAAUCGCUGGUCUUGUUAUGGCUGGCGUCGGUGUGGCUAACUAUUAUGCCAAGGAUGGUGAUAAUCGUCGCUAUAAGCUCGGCUAUGUCGUCUUCCGUGACACGGAUCCGCGUGCCCAGAAAGUGCGCAACGACGAGGAUGAUUAAACAUCAAGAACAAACUCUGUGAAUUUCUCCUCAUAGUUUUUUUUUUUGUUUUUGUUUUUGUUGUUCUCCAACGUAACGCGCUGCCGCAAAUGCAAAACAAACGAUAGUAAAUAGUAAACAGUAAAAAGAAAACUAAACUAUAGUUAAUUUCUACAUUUGGACAUAGUUUCUUCACUAUUUUUUUUAUUGACCAGACGUAUAGUAAAGGAAUUCACAAUUACGAUGACUGAUUUUGUGAUGCUUUUGAUAUGCGGACACCGUAUGAAAUGGUUCUCCGCAUAAACCGCAGUGAUAGUUUGUGGGUGGUGCGUGGUUCAUGAUCUCCAUUUCGCCACCUGAAAAAUAAAGGAAUUAAUGAAGAUUUUGCAAACAAAA